UUAUGUCGUUGUGACGCCCAUGUCUAAUUCUAAUAAGCACCUAGACCACACCUGCCAUCUCCAAUGUAGACCACCGGGGUUUGAGAAAUUCUUAAGAAAAUCUAAAAACCAUAGGAGACACAUCUGUUCAAGAUACACUAUACUGUCAGAAGUCAGAAGAUGUCGGAAAUAGUUUCAGAAGAGGAACUACCAGCAACACACACAGGUCCCAAAGGAGUGAUCCAUGACUGGAGAAAAUUUAAACUAGAAAGUGAAGACCAUGAGAGCACACCUCAAAAGCGGAGAGAGCUACUCAGACAGAUGUCCAACCCCAAGACUAACAACGAUGAUAAUGAGAGAAUUUACCGGAAGAUGAGCGUUCAGGAGUAUGAGAUGAUCCAGGAGGAAGAUGAGCGAUGUUUGAGGAAAUACCGCAGACAGUGCAUGCAGGAAUUGCAUGAUCGCUUGAGUUUUGGCCCCAAGUUUGACAGCGUUUUUGAGCUGGAAAGCAGUGAAGCCUUCCUCAAGGCCAUCGAAAAGGAGCACCAGCUCACACUGAUCAUCGUGCACAUCUAUGACGAUGCUGUCAAAGGCUGUGAAGCUCUCAACAACUGCCUGAACAGCCUGGCAGUCGAGUACCCCAGUGUGAAGUUCUGUCGAAUUCUAGCAUCUGCCACGGGUGCAGGAGAAAGGUUCUCCGAUGAUGUCCUACCCACUGUGCUGGUAUAUAAGGCUGGAGAAAUGCUGGGAAACUUCAUUUGUGUUACCAAGCAUCUCAGUGAGGAGUUCUUCCCUACUGAUGUGGAGAAUUUCCUAAAUGAGUAUGGCUUGUUGCCAGAGAAGGAAUUCACUGCUUGCCCUGAGGAUGAUGAUGGAGAGCUUGGGGUGGAAUAAGCUAGAAAAAUCUUACUAGAGGAGAAGCGUUAUAGUAGAAGAUCAAUGGCAAAUGUUUGGAACUAAGCAUUCAGAUGGGCUAUAUUUUUGCCAUUUAUAGAAGCUCAUUAAUUCACAUGCUCUAAUCAGAUCUAAACAUCAAUAUUAGGAUGUAUGUGGAAUAAAUUGAUGAAACACAAUUAUAUGAACCAAAGCAUGGCAUUUCUUAAAAUUGUAUAAUAAAAUAAUGAAUUUGGGUAUUUCUGAACCUCUGCGACAGUUACCUUUUAAUGCUUAAGCAUUAGUGAUGAACUUGGUGUAAAUAGAAGCAUAAGUUUGAAGUGGUUAUGUUUUGGUCAGUAGUGGUGCUUCAUGUUACCAUUUUUGAUUAGUGUCUGUCUUCACUGUCAGCAUGUCUUUUUCUUUAACAAACCAUGUUGUCAGUUCACCAAUCAGACAAGAACAUGAUAAUAAACCUAGCUAAACUACUAAA